CGCCGGGGCCGCGGGGGGAUGACGCUCUUCGGCAGCGGGGACGCGGGCUGGAGAUAUUUGGACAUGGCCAGGGAGCCCAAGCCGAGCCGGGCCAGGCUGGGCCAGAAGCGGCAGCACGGCAGCAGCCUGUACCACAGUAACUGCGAGCUGGACUAUGAUCUCUACAGGGACGACUUCCCGUACCGGAUGUACGAGUACCAGAAGAUCCCCCCCCUCAUUAACCGCAUCCCGGUCAAGACCAGACGAACUCACGUGGGAGCAGGAGGGAAAAGCAGCCUCAGCCCCCAGCCCGGGGCGAGGAGCAGCACCAGCUCCACGCCAGGACGGACAAAGUUGCGAGCCGAAGAACUGCACUCCAUCAAGGGGGAGCUGAGCCAGAUCAAGGCGCAGGUGGACAAUCUGCUGGAGAGCCUGGACCGCAUGGACCAGCGGAGAGAGCGACUCGCGGGGUCCAAGGAAAGCGAGAAGAAGAGGGUAGAGAUGGGGGCAGAGUCGCCAUCCCCAGCGGGAGAGGGGUCAUGGGAGCCCCGGGGGAAGGAGGGGACGGGAGCCGACGGGCACAGCGACCUACGCAACAUCGACAGCGCCGAGGAGAGCACAGACACCGAAGAGACGGUGAAAAACCACAUGUCGGACCCCGAGGGGAGCCAGUAGACGGACGGGGACGCCGUGGCCUCCCCGCGUGGCCAGCCCUUCCCAUCUCGUGUUCGUAUUUCUUUUGAGGCUUCCAGCUAGUGCCACGCGUGCCGCGAGGUGCCGGCUUUCGGCACGGGUGUCCCCUGCUGCCGGCAGCCCUGCGUCCCACCCGCGUGAGCCACCGGCCAGCCGUGGCGAGAGAAGUCUUUGUGUUCGAGUGCGCUUGUUUUCUUUUUCCUCUUGUUUUCAGACCUGGGGAUAAGCAGACGUGGCUGGGGGAGGGAGGGGAGGAGCCGAAAAAAAAAAAAAAAGGA